AUGCCCGCGCGUCCCUACCACAGCAGCGCGCCGAAGCAGCCCCGACGGGUCCCGCACCACCUCGUCGACAAAAAGAACACGUGGGGAAAAGUGCAGACGGGGAUGCGCGAGUCCUCCUGCGAGUCCAGCGACUCGGAGAUCGAGUUCAACGGUGCCAGCAACACCGAGAUCACGACAGCCCCUGUGGCCGUCUCCUCCGUGCACAUGACGAAAAGCACGCUGUCGCAGGUUGCGAUGCUCACAGAGGCCGCCGCGGCCAAGCUCUUCAACAUGGGAACCACCCGCUUCAAGGCAAAGUGCCGAAACCUUGGCGUCGACCGUUGGCCCCACCGCAAGCUCCAGAGCCUGAGUAACCUGUACACGGACCUCAAGGAGCACAUGGACAGGAGCGAGAAGGGCUCGGUGAAGCGCCAGCAGUACAGCAACGACAUGGCCGUCAUCAAGGCGUACAGCAUCAGGCUCGAGUCUGACCUCAGCCUCCUUAACCAGUUCUACAACGGCAAGAAGGCGUGGCCGGAUGAAAUCCUCAAGAUUCGUCAGACCAUCUAUAAGAAACGCCACGCGAAGGUUCUCAGCGAGAAGAAGAAGAAACUGUCGCACGCGGGAAAGCAGGACCAAAAGAGGCAGCUCCCUGUCGUCAAGUGUGAGGCGAGCGACUCGGAGGUAGACAUCAAGCAGGAAGCGAGCGAUUCUGAGCAGUUCAGUGUCGACACGAAGAAAUCUACUGAUUCUCUUUGCGUCGUCAUGCCCGAAUGCAUCAACGAUGGGACCCUGAUGAUGAGGUCCCUAGAGUCGGGGGGAGCGCACAUGGUUGGGGACAAGGACGAUUACGUGUUCUGGGCCAUGUUGUGA